CAAAAGUCAUCGUUGACGACUCGCCGUCGCUUCACGCAGCUCAGCAGAAAUAGUUGACAAAUGUCUGUGCUACGAACAUCACGAUGUUGACCAAAUUAGUAUUGUUAUCACUAGUGCUGACGAAGUUCUGCUGCCAAUCGGUAAGUGUAUCAAAGGCUAAUCAAAUCGCAAACCCUACCGAUAUGCGCUCUAAGAAGGCAGCCGAAAACUUGCUAGUAGUGCCGAACCAAUUGGACCCUAUCAACCACGAUAACCGGAGGUCACAUGCGCGGCUAAAGCGUGCCAGCUCAACGGCUUCUGCGGGCCAACGUUCGCCACUAAUCGAAAUUAUGCUGCGUAUUUUGGACACUAUACAACUGGUUCCCAAAAGACGGUCAAGGAGAAUGACCGAUACAACAGGCCAGCCGUUAGAGGCGAUGAUGAUGGUGCCAGAUUCAUCCUCACCAACCAAGUUCUCACUAUUCGGUGACAGCCAACAGCCGUUACUGCAAUCAUCACUCGAGCAGACACUAGACGCCGAGGAGCCUCCACCAGCAACGACAAUUGCACACGCAUGCUCGGAAAAUGUAUCCUGUGAAUGCCACCACGAUGACGGUGGCGAAAGCUCGCAGGAGGAACCGGAUGAGAAGAUCUACGACCUGCUAUUGAAGGUACUACAGGUUUUCGAUGACCAAGCUCAAAGAGAUACUGACCGAGCACGGAGGUUGCUUGAUCUACGCCAGUUCAGUGGAAUGAUUACCGGGCCUCCGAAUGAUGACAGGAACAACGAUGACGGGCCGACGACAAAGAACCUGUUCCUCUAAUGAGCAAUGGGAAUUUUAACACUUUUGGACCAUUGAGGACGCCAUUUUACAGUUUUUUAUAGGAAGUUUUAUUAGUUAUUCAAUUUAGUUAGCAUUCUAAAAUAAUUUUUGAAAUGGUAAUAAAUUUAUUUCAGUUGACAUAAUUCGUUAAUUUUACUAAAAGAUUAGAACACUCUUAUUAUGUCCAUUCCUACUUUUUAUUAAAUUAUUUGAGUUUUCAGUUUUUCGUAUUAAAUAGAUGCUAUUAGUUCCAAGUUUACUAUACGAAACAACAUAUAAUUAUUGAGGAGUACUGUCAAUAGAAUGAAAAUGUACCAACAUAUAAAAAGUAACAUUCAACAUGGAUGGAGGAGCUAUGCAACAGAAUUCUUACCAAACUCUGCUAUUACAUUUAAGGCUAAUAUUGAAGUUCUUUUUAUUAUGAAUAAUAUUAUGAAAAUUGUUCUGUUAAAUGCUAAAAAAUUAAUGACAACGGUAGUUUUAUUAGAAGGAGAAACUUCAGGCGUGCUUUGAUACACAAAUUUCGCAGCCACAUUUACUGCCACUUCAGCCACUUUUUACUGAAAUCCAAGUGGUGAUCCGUGGACAAUUUCAAACCAAACCAAUGUCGAUGAACUUUAAGUAUGUCAAUAGCGAUGAGUUCAUUUCGCAAAUAUUUGAUAAGGGAAUUGUGAACUGUUGAAGCGGUAGAAUCACUUGUGUGUUAUGGGAUUUGCGGAAGCAACGUUAGGCCAGAUCUGGGGUGAAAUAAGUUCCCAUCAUACAGUCAUCCUAUGCGAUAGAGUUGGUUUCCAGUUCGCAACUGGCGAGCUUGAAAUAAAACGCUAGAGAAAAUUAUUUAUGAAGAGUAUACCGCUUUCAUAGCUCAACAAACAGUUCUCUCUACUUUCAAAUUCUCACAGUUUCCCUAAAACGAAGUAGCUAUUACAAAUUCCAUACGGUAAACCAGGGUGACAUUGAUCACUUUUCGAAGUAAUCAUUACAUAUUUUUAGACACACCACAUUUUUUCAAGUUUAAUAUUUUUAAACCAUGUAACUGAUGUAUGAAGAACAGGAUGGCUUUAUCUCAAAUUAUCAGCCUACUACUAUUUUUUCAAAAAUAAUUUAGAUUUGAAGUCCGGUUACGUACUUCGGGGUGACUUUGAUAACUUGCAUGUUCACCCACAUUAAAUUCCUGAUGCCAAUGUUUUUCGUUCAAAUGUUUGUUUAAACUAAUUCUGAAAAGAUACCCAUUGUUAA